ACAUGCAAGAUGGCGACGCAUCACAGGCAGAACGCUGCUGGGCGCAGGAAAGUGCAGGUGUCUUAUGUCAUUAGAGACGAAGUGGAGAAGUACAAUCGGAAUGGGGUGAACGCGCUGCAGCUCGACCCUGCGCUGAACCGGCUAUUCACCGCUGGGAGGGACUCCAUCAUCCGGAUAUGGAGCGUCUACCAACACAAACAGGACCCAUACAUUGCCUCUAUGGAGCAUCAUACGGAUUGGGUCAAUGACAUAGUUCUCUGUUGCAAUGGGAAAACAUUGAUAUCUGCCUCAUCAGACACAACCGUGAAAGUAUGGAAUGCACAUAAAGGAUUUUGUAUGUCAACGUUACGAACGCACAAGGACUACGUCAAAGCUCUGGCUUAUGCUAAGGACAAGGAGCUGGUGGCGUCCGCAGGUCUUGACCGGCAGAUCUUCCUAUGGGAUGUGAACACACUAACAGCUCUCACUGCUUCCAACAACACUGUCACCACUUCGUCACUGAGUGGGAACAAAGACUCAAUCUACAGUCUGGCUAUGAACCAGAUGGGCACAGUUAUUGUUUCUGGAUCCACCGAAAAGGUUCUGAGAGUGUGGGAUCCGCGGACAUGUGCUAAACUGAUGAAGCUGAAAGGCCACACAGACAACGUCAAGUCCUUGCUGCUGAAUCGAGACGGCACUCAGUGCCUGUCGGGCAGCUCUGACGGGACCAUCCGCCUGUGGUCGCUGGGACAGCAGAGGUGCAUCGCCACCUACCGGGUACACGACGAGGGAGUGUGGGCCCUGCAGGUCAACGAGGCCUUUACGCAUGUUUAUUCUGGAGGCAGAGACAAGAAGAUCUACUGUACUGACCUUCGUAACCCAGACAUCCGCGUCCUCAUCUGCGAGGAGAAAGCCCCUGUGCUCAAGAUGGAGCUGGAUAGAUCUGCUGACCCUCCUCCAGCCAUCUGGGUCUCCACCACCAAGUCAUCCGUUAAUAAAUGGUCUCUAAAGGGAAUGCACAACUUCCGGUCGUCAGGGGAGUACGACAACGACUGCACCACCCCUCUGACUCCACUCUGCACUCAGCCAGAACAAGUCAUUAAGGGAGGUGCCAGUAUUAUCCAGUGCCACAUCCUGAAUGACAAGAGACACAUCCUCACCAAGGACACCAACAACAACGUGGCGUUUUGGGAUGUUUUGAAGGCUUGUAAGGGGGAAGACUUGGGGAAAGUAGAAUUUGACGAGGAGAUUAAAAAGCGCUUCAAGAUGGUCUACGUGCCAAACUGGUUCUCUGUUGAUCUGAAAACUGGGAUGCUCACCAUCACGCUGGACGAGAGCGACUGCUUCGCUGCCUGGGUGUCGGCUAAGGAUGCAGGAUUCUCCAGCUCCGACGGAUCAGAUCCAAAGUUGAACCUGGGUGGCCUGCUGCUCCAGGCUCUGCUGGAGUUCUGGCCCAGGACUCGCAUCAACCCCAUGGAUGAGGAGGAGAACGAGGUGAACCACGUGAACGGAGAGCAGGAGAACCGCGUCCAGAAAGGAAAUGGAUAUUUCCAGGUUCCACCGCACACGCCCGUCAUCUUCGGAGAGGCAGGAGGAAGAACUCUGUUCAGGUUGCUCUGCAGAGACUCGGGGGGAGAGACUGAGUCCAUGCUGCUCAACGAGACCGUCCCACAGUGGGUCAUCGAUAUAACCGUCGACAAAAAUAUGCCCAAGUUCAACAAGAUCCCCUUCUACCUGCAGCCGCACUCGUCCUCCGGGGCCAAGACUCUGAAAAAGGACCGGCUGUCGGCCAGCGACAUGCUGCAGGUGAGGAAGGUGAUGGAGCACGUGUACGAGAAGAUCAUCAACCUGGACAACGAGUCCCAGACCACCAGCUCGUCCACGGACAAGCCCAGCGAGCAGGACAAGGACGAGGACAUGGCCCUGCUGGCCGAGGAGAAGAUCGAGCUCAUGUGUCAAGACCAGGUCCUCGACCCCAACAUGGACCUGCGAACAGUUAAACAUUUUAUCUGGAAGAGCGGCGGGGACUUGACGCUUCACUAUAGGCAGAAGUCCACGUGAGAGUCCUCACUUUUACAACAGAACUCUUUGUCAUUUGCCAAUCACCACCCACCUCUGACAUGUAGUUCCCCGACCCCGCUGGGGCCGAGAGUCGUAUCCCAGAGAAUCAUUAGUGAGGACGUCAGAGACGUGAGCGGAGCCGCUGCCAACACUCCCCCGGGGGGGACGGAUCAUACUGGCUCUUCAGAGGAAUGGACUGAUUUAUCAAUCUCUUUUCCUUUUCAUUUGUCUCCUCUUCCCCUCUCGAUUGGCAUUUAUUCAAAGCGACUGAAGUUGCAGUCUGUGUUUGUGUGUAGUGGACUGUGGGCUCCACUGCUGCCCCCGCGUCCCCCCCGUCCCAGCAGCACCACCUGUAGGACACUGGUCUCUGGACAGCACCAGAACAUCCACCACCUUAACUGGACCUGAUCUCCGUCUGGGAGCCUGACCCUCAAGCACUCGUCUGUUACUCAGCCAUGUCCUCCGUGGAAUGAAUGUCAUGUUGGUUUUUGUAUAUAUACAUGCAAACCUUUUUCAUUUAAAUGACUUUUCUUUCCUUUAUUUUGUGAUUUAAAUGACUUUUCUUUUCUGUUGUACAGUUUCCUUCCCCCGGAUCCUUGAGCACAUUCCUGGUCAUGAAGGUCACGUGACUUGGGUGUUGAGAAUUGCAUUUGUUUAUUCACUGCAACCUGGAAAUUGCAGUUUACCUUGAAAAGUGUUAGUUUUUUUUCAAGUCAUCUUAGCAAUUGGAAAAUUAUAUAUAAGGUAUAUAUCUUAAAGGCUAACUAAUGCUUCCAUGUUGUGUUUGGCUAAACGAGUGGUGAUGUUGGCAGUGAGGGCUGUUUUUAGUGUAUAUUUCAUUUAGAUUUAAGGAGGAACUGUAACUUGAAGGAGAGAUGAAGCUCCAGCUGAUUCAGCAGAGUGAAGUAACGGCUCCGUCUGCAGCAGACGCCGGGGGGGCCGGGGGGGCCCGGGGGGGGCCCGGCUCUUCACUGGCAGUUUCUGGAGUUUAUUUGCCACAUGUGUGUAAUGCCAUAAUGGAAGAUGUGUUUAGUAAGCUCUAAUUGGCCAAAAACAGGACGUGUACUACAAUUAGGCCAUAACACUGCAAUAUUCCUUGUUGUAAUAAUUUGUGAAAUAUGUAUAUUUUAGGCAUUCAAAGAAAUAAAUGGGAAUGGUUUAAAAAUGACAGAUCUACAGAGAUUAUAAAUAAUUAUCUCGAGUUGGAAUAAAAACAAGCAGCACUUUUUUGAAAGUCAAGUUAUAUGAUUGUUUAACAAUCAAGUUUUACCCCAGUUCACUUUCAUCAAGACUCCGCACUCAUUCCUAACAAAACGUACAAUUCAUUAAUAAAAUAUCUGUAAAAAUACUUUUCUCUU